UGCUGGGUUGGUCAGAUGGAAUACAUUAAAAUCAGUAGUGAGCGACAAUAUUUGAUUCAUUAUAAGCACUGCAUAGCUUUGUUUGAUGAGAUUGAAUGGUUUGUUAUGGUCUUGUAAACAAAUAUGUACUAAAAGCUGCGAAGAAAAAAAAGAGAGGAGUGUUGGGCGGUAACAGUGACGCUUAUUCAUAUCGACAAAAGUUCGUAGAUACUGUUUUAAGAAGAAUGACGCCAUUGAUAGUGAAGCAAAUCGAAUAUUAGUUUCAACUCAGGGUUCUUAAACGUUAACCAGUUAACGAUUUGUUCACCAUGCCUGGGGAGGACCCGGUUAUCCAAGUCAGACCUGUGAUAUAUUCCCCAGCUCUUCCUCCUAACCAAUCAGCAGCUAGAAUUUUUCAGUCUAUAAAAGAACAGGAGGCUCAGUUUGAACAACUGACAAGAGAGCUGGAAGCUGAACGUCAAAGUGUUGCUACACAACUUGAAAUUUAUAAACGUCAAGAACUUGAGAAGUACGAAAGUGGAAAUUUGUUGAGUUACGGGUCGACUAAAGAUAAGGAAACGUCGUACUGUUGGCGACCUCUCUUCAGUGAAAGUCCCGUUUUCCGAAAGGAUUCCGAACCCGACUCGAGAUUGACCGAUUCCCACCUGAUUUUACUCACGGAACGAAAUUUGCCGAAGGUCUGCAGAUUUCUCCCAGUGAAACUAUAACAUGUCUCGAGGGCAGCAAUAAUAUGUGGUAAACAAUAAGAAAGGAUACACAACAUCAAAAAUUAACUAUAUGUGAAAAAGAAAAGACCUGGAAUUACGAAUUUAAC